AUGGGACCGAAGAAGACGACAGGAUCAGCACAGUGUCAGAUAUGUGAAGCCCAGAUAUCAAAAUAUAAAUGUCCAGCUUGUCCUGUUCGGUAUUGUUCAGUUGCAUGUUAUAAGCAGCAUAAAUUGAUACACGAGGACCCCUCAGCUAAACCAUCUCAACCACCCUCACAAAUUAACGAUCGUACAGUUCAAGAUUCAGCUCCCUCAAACGAUCACGAAAUACCUCAACCUUCUACAUCGGAUAUACAACCCCACGUUCCUGCCAAAGAAGACGACUCGCCCCCACCUCUCAAACCAUUGACAUCGUUAUUGUGGCCUCCUGAGCCUGAUCCAUCAAUAUUCACCGACCCAUUACUCAAGGAGGAUCCAAAGCCCUUGAAACGUGAGGAACUGUUGAGAAUAGCUACUUCACCAUCCCUUCGUUCCCUCCUCACCUCCAAUCCCCUUCUCCCUCCUCUCCUCAAAUCACUCGAUAAUCUACCUACCAAAUCCCGUCAUAUCGCUUUAUCCAAAUUACUCAAUUUAGAUCCCGAAUCGCUCUCUCAUGCAGAAGGGAUGAAUCAAUCUUUCUUAUCUGGUAGGAAUUCCCCUCCACCAUUGGACGAGUUACUUUCCACACUUACCAAUCCACAUGAACCCAAUCACAUCAAUACAACGACGUUAGAUUCAGAUGGAAGUAGAGGGGAAAAGGGAUGGUAUUUGAAUGUACCAGGUGAAACAAAAAAGAUCUGGAUAGGUGAAGAAGAACGUAAAUUGAUGAGAUCCUUCGCAGCGAGUGUAUGUACUGCUAUUGACGGACAACAGAAUGAGGGAGGAGAAGUUGAAUGGGGUGAAGGUGCUUUGGAAUGGGAAUUCUAA